UCUAACUAGAAUUAAAUUAGUAGAUAAGAACGAUGAUGCACUUACAAUAAGAAACAGAAAGAGAACAGUGAGUAAAAAAACGUUUUAGUUUUUAUUUUCUGUUAGUUUUGUAAUGCAACGUCUAAAUUACGUAUAAAUUAGUUUUAAGCAUCUUACAACUGUGGGAGUAAAAGCAUCCGGUGUGUGUUGUGUGUUUGCGUGUGUAGCGAAGAACAAGCGCAAGCUUGUGUGUGACGUCAUGUUGCUCAUGGGAGCGUUGCUAGGCAGCGUAAACAAAGAUAAGCUUGUUUCCUGGCGAAAAAUUGCUACGAGAGAGAGAGAGAGAGAGAGAGAGAGAGUGUUAGAGCGAGACGUGCGAUUUAAGUUGUAUGAUUAGGCGAUACAAUAAAGUGUGUUUUGAGCGAGAGAACACGUGCGACUUAAAAAAGAAAGCUGCAGAUUGGUUUUACUCAAGAGCGGAGUACGCUGAUAUGACGAACGAGGAACUGCUCGAUGAAAUAAGAAAGAUGUUUCGACAUCUCCCUUCUUGGGCUGAUAGAAAAAGAGAGUUUCUGCGGCGACAGUGGAACCAUGGUAAAAGUUUUAGCAAGUAUUUCCACGAUAAGGUGAUCUUGGGGAUCUGCGCGUCCGUUAUUGACGAAGAGCUGAUCGAACAUCUGAUCGAGGGAAUCCCAGACAUGACUUUGCAGAACACGGCGAGAAUUAGGGGAUUCCGAAACAAAUCUGAGCUCUUUACUUCGUUCGAAAAGGUACAGUUGCCGACAGAGUCCGAAGCUAACUGAGUAUGGAGAAGACCGGGAAGAACGAGUGAGGAAAAGCAGCAAAGAUCAAAUGAACAGCAACGGAUCUUCGAAGGUUGCCGCAACUGCGGAGCGAGCGGACAUCGAGCGGCGUUCUGCCCAUCGAGGGAAAAGGGUAUGAGAUGUUACAACUGCCAGGAAUUCGGUCACAUCUCUGCCGGGUGUCCCAAAAAGAUACCAUCAGUGACGGUUGUUCAGAUUAAUGAAGAUUUUUCAAAAAGUAAGAGCUUUUUGAAAAAGACUGUUACGAUAAACAAUGCAGAAAUUUCUGCGCUGAUAGAUGCGGAUAGCGAUAUUACGUUAAUAAGGGAAAGCGCCUACGCUGAAAUGGGAGCGCCGCGAGUAGAAGACGAACGCAGCUAUUUCAGAAGUAUAGGUACGGAAUUAACUAGAACGCUAGGUCACUUUAUGGCUGCCAUCAAGGUUAACGGGGAAGUAUAUAAGACUAAAAUUUAUUUGGUACCUAAUUUGUGAAUGCGACAUGAUCUUGUCUUAGGGACAAAUUUCUUAAAUAACGUAAAAUUAUCGAUAGAGUCUGGACACGUCGAGGUCCGGCGUUCGGGCAAAGCGAAACCAACGGAAGGCAAUCUGCCGAACGUAUUUAGCAUAAAUGUUUGUGACUCAGAGAGCCGAAUAGGCUUAUCUCAUUUAGGGGCCGCUAAAAUUAAAGAGAGCGCGAUUUCGUCAGUAGCAGUACGCACAACGAGAAGAACUGUCAUGGCUGAUAUAUCUAAGGACGAGAUCCGUAGGGAGGUAACCGCAAUUUUAAAAGAUACAGACCUUAUUACAAUGUUAGAGGAGAAAGUAAAACAACGGAUAGAAAAAAAGUUAGAUGUCGAUCUCAUAGCAAAAAGAGAGGAAGUACAUGAUUUAGUUAUAGAGGGUUUACAAGGAAAGCAGAACAGCGAAAAGGAAAAGAAUAAAGCCGCUAGUGAAGGAUCAGAUGACAGAGAGAAUGAAGAGGAAGAAGAGGAAGAAAAGGAGGAGGAAAAGAAACCCACAAGGAGAAGUCCAACUAAGAAAUCAACCAGUAAGCAUAAGAGGGAUUCUUCUGCUGAUGAAGAAAGUGUUAGUGAUAGUGAUAGCGACGAAGAUUGGGGUAAAAACAAAAAAGGUCCAAGAAGCAUAAGAAAGGUGACGGUAAGGGCAAGGGUGGAAAACAUACUAAUUCUAUUACAUUGUCUCCUAAACUAGCAGCAAAAUAUAAAAUAGGACAUUGCGAAAUAACUGUUACGUAAUUCACAAGUAGAUGAAAGCAAAGGACCGAGGAAGAGACAAACCUCUAGUUUAACUGUUAAAGAAUAAAAUGUUAAUAGCUUUAGUGGUUAUUUUUCGUUCUUCAUAAGUUAAGAUUUAAUUGACCAUUUUUGUUUGGGUAGUAAUAUAAGUUUUUGCAUGAUUUAAUUAUAAAGUUAAUUAUUCGUUUUAUUAUUUCAAUGGUAGCAUUGUGUACUUGUGUAAGACUUUGUAUGUGGGCGAAAGUUGAAAAAGCGUGAAGGGAGAAAAGAAUGUGAGUGUGAAGUUUGAUAUAUAGCCUGGUGAUGUAUGUAAUUUUGUGUAAUUUUGAUGCGAGCUUGUAUGAAUAAGAAUUACGAAUUCUGAAGCCAUAUAUCCAUAGAGAUAUUACAGAUAGAGGAAACAAACCAUAUGCGGUUGUGUUGUAAGUGGAGAAAUGUCUCUGCAUGAAUAUGGCAGCAAAAAACGAAAAGUUGAUGUUGUCUCUCUCAAACUCAUGCGAUACACAUAAAAAAAAAAAAAUCGAAGAGGUUGUGUGUGUAAGUCUGUGUGAGUCCAAAGGUUCGAGAGGUUGUGUGUGUAAGUCCGUGUGAGUCCAAAGGUUCGAGAGGUUGUGUGUGUAAGUCUGUGUGAGUCCAAAGGUUCAAGAGGUUGUAUGUGUAAGUCGGUGUGAGUCCAAAGGUUCGAGAGCGUUUUGAAGAUGUUUUGUCCCUCGGGGAUGCAGGGUGGGGAAGAAGCCUCAUAAGGAGAGGAUGGCGUAAACAAAGAUAAGCUUGUUUCCUGGCGAAAAAUUGCUACGAGAGAGAGAGAGAGAGAGAGAGAGAGAGAGAGUGUUAGAGCGAGACGUGCGAUUUAAGUUGUAUGAUUAGGCGAUACAAUAAAGUGUGUUUUGAGCGAGAGAACACGUGCGACUUAGAGGAUGAUUGAGCGAAAAGUGUAUAGCGAGUGACGAUACGAUAAGUGCGAUUUAGCGUCUAAGUGUUUUACGAAAAGCAGCGGUGUGAGUGUGUUAUUGCGUGUGGAUUAUAACUAACGGAUUGUAACUAAUUAAUUUGUUAAAUAAAAGGUGUUUUUCUAUACUA